AUGCAGCGCCGUAUGCUCACCAAAGACGAAGAGGCCUCAGCGCAGAGUGAGGACCUUGAGGUGCGUCGUGAGGAUCAAGAGAAAAUCAACAAGUUCAGUUCGCUGCACCAGAAGGAGGAGAUUCUCGAAGAGGAGCUCAGGGCUAAGAUUAAGGAGAAGGAAGACUUAGAAGAGAUCUCGGGCGAACUCGAGCUCGUCGAUGAGGAAGAGAAAGUACCAUACAAAGUGGGCGACUGCUUCGUCUCGUUACCACAACCGCAGGUUCUCGAACUUCUAAGUUCGUCAACAGAGACCAUUGACGGCGAAGUAGAAGCACUAAAAUCCAAGCUUGAAGGUAUCCAGGAAGAGAUGGGAGAGUUGAAGAAGGCGCUUUAUGGACGCUUUGGACGCAGCAUCAACCUUGAAACAUAA